ACCUCACGGAAACACUUGCUUAAUAUCAGGUUUAGCAUCACACGCAGUCUCUCUCUCUCUCACUCGUCAUUACUCUUUUGUUAGCUUCUGUAGAAGAUAGAGGAACUGGAGCACUUAGAGGCAAACAAGCACAAUGGAUGUGAUCUCUAAAGAGGGUCCGCUCUUUUUGCAGGGCGUCAAGUUUGGGAAGAAGAUAUGGCGGAAAUCCUGGCUGAUUUUGUUUGAGCCCAGCUCAUCAGGGAUCGGCCGUAUGGAGCUGUAUGACAUGCGUGAUAGAGGGGGGCUGAUGGGGUCCGCCGCUGCAAGGCCUUCAGGGCUCAGAAAGACAGACAAACGGGUGAUCCGCCUGACCGACUGUCUGAGCAUCACUCCAGCCCCAGGAGAAAGCUGCCCCAAAGAUUGCUCCGCCUUCUUUUUAAACACCACCUCAUGCACCUACACCAUCGCUGCCCCCUCCCAGGAGAACUGGAUGACUAUUCUGUGCCAGCUAGCAUUUCAGAAGACCCAGACAACCGAAGAUACCAAGAAAGAUAAAUACACAACACCGGCUGACAAUGAACUGUACUCCACCUGGGGAGCAGGUCAGUUCCAGGUGACAGUGCAGAGCACAGAUGCGUCUCAAAGGUGCAGGAUGUCUGGGUCUUACCUGCUGUCUUCUGAGAAAGAGGCUAUUUGUCUGCUGGAUCUUAAGACCGGGCAGGCCAUCUACCAUUGGCCCUACAGGCUCCUCAGGAGAUUUGGCCAAGUCAAGGGGGGAAUUAUGAUAGAGGCAGGUCGUCGCUGUCACACUGGGGAGGGCCAGUUCAUUUUCUUAUCAAAACAGGGGUCACAAAUAAAGAGGGCCAUUGAGGAGGCAAUCAUGCACCAGAGUGUCCAAGAACUGCUGGCACAAGCCACCGCUCUUCCACAAGAGUUUGCGUCCCAGCCUCCCUCGCCUCCCUCGCCUAAAAGCAAACCGAAGGACAAGCCUAAGGGGAAAAAUCUUCCUCCAACCAGCGGGAAUCAAGAUCGACCGCUCCCACCAUUACAAUUCAAACAGCAUAUACACAAAUCCACUGACGAGGCACUUGUGUACAAUAGUCUCCAAGAGCUGCUGCCACCAUCCACACCCCUUCCACAAGCCAUUCCACCCCCACCACCUUUACCAAAAUUCAAACCACAGGGCAGGGACAAAACUACGGUCAAUAUGAAAGUUCAGGAUAACAAGAAUCAAGAAAGACCUUGCCCACCUGCACUGAAAAAACCUGGGCAGCCAAUACACAAGCUCAUUAAAGGUGUUCUCGCAUACCAGAAUGUCCAAAAAGCAUCAUCCACUCCUUCUCAACAAAACCCUCCACCACCGCCACCCUCGCCUAAAGCCAAACCACAGUACAGGCCUAAUAUUAAAAAGCUACCUCCGGUCAAUACAAGCCAAGAUAAACCCUGUCCAGUACCACGCAGAAACAUCUCCUUACCAGAUCCACCACCUUGCGUCAAAAGCCCUCCAAGGAGCCCGGAUGAUGUUUUAUAUUCAGUGAUAUUUCCACAACCAAAGCCAAGAUCAAAAAUGAAUCUCCCAAAAAUUCCAUCGCCUCCCAGUCUACCACCAAGCAUGGAUACAGAAGUAACCAUAGAUAAAGAGAAGGAGUGGAAAUCAGCACAAGAACCUUGUGAGGACAACAAUGAAGAGGCUCAUUACACCAACUGGUCUGUGAAGACCACUGCCGAGCAGGAUCAACCCAAUAUUGAGGACAUAUAUAGUACAGUGAAUUUCGCAGCUAAACGUAAGAACAGACAGACUGAGGGCAGUGAUGAUCAAGAGCAGCCUAACACUGAGCAACACGCUCCUGUUAUCACUUCCAGUGAAAUCCCUGUCAACUUCAAACAGACCCUUUCUAACAUGCUGUUUAAAGAUCCGUCCAAAAUGCCACCCCCAUUUCUGCCCCGGUCACGUGGGGGAAGUUCUGAUCAGUUAGACCGAAUAGAUGAGCAGAUGACUGAUUGAGGUUUCUAUUGUCUGCAGUUGAGGUCAGUGUAACUGCUUGCCUGAUUAAUGUGUGUGAUAUCUGUUUUCAGUGUAACAUAACAGAUACGUUUAAAGGAGUCAUAUGAUGCUUU